AAGUCGGAGGAAGUUUUGGAAACACCAAUCAUUUUCCUUGUGGUGGUGUUUGAAUGCGUGUGAACAAUGUUGUGCUGUGAGUUCCUACUACUGGCUUAUGAGGACAAAAUCUGAUGUAGAGGUGUUAAAUAUCUGGACCUCAGCGUGUUUCGCUUGUUAUAUUGUCAACAGGCAUUCGGAUAAUCUGCAAAGAAAUCAACAAAAUGGCAGAAGCGUUUUUACUUCAGCAAGGACACACAAGGGAAAAAUUGAUGGAAGAAGCCAUGCAUAUUCAAAGAAUCAUUCCAGAGAGAAAUAUUGAUGAGAUAUAUUCAUCACUUGAAACUUUCUUUGAUGAUCCAAAGAGGGUACAGAGAGUUGUGCUCAAAUUUUUAGACCAUGUAAGGGAAGACAAAGACACUGCUGGUGAGGCCACUGAAGAGUUACCUAAGAGAGCUAGGAAAAGAAACUAUGAUGCUGAUCGUAAUCAACCAUCUACAUCAGGAAUUCCACCAAAAAAGCCUUCUAAAAUUCAUGUUAAGAGUGAUGCAAAUGAAGACAACAAGACUGAGAAUGUUGGUGUGUCAACACACAGUGAUUCUCGUCCAGCAGAGAGUGACAAAGUUACCAUAGCAGAUGGGCUGGAUGUAGUUUUAGAUCAGUGUAAUUUGGUGAAUAGAAGUGAUUCAGUUAGUGAUGUUAGUUCAGAAAGUGACAAGUUUAAUGAAAUUAAGGAAUAUUUGUGGGAAAAUGAAGGAUUUGCAUUCUCAUCUGAAGACGAACCUGAACUUUCUGAUCCAGAUGUGAUGGAUCCUAGUUCUGAACCAGUUAAGAAUGUCAAUGCAAGACAGAGGGAUGAAGUAAGUAAUGAACCAUCAACCUCUUUUUGGGACCCUACAGUUCCAAGACAUACUGGAAAUGGAAAUCAUAAGAACACACUUGACAGGAACCUUCCAGUUGAUUUGACACUGCCUGGACCAUCUACUGCAAACUAUGAUGAUUUACUUGCUCCUCCUCAACUUGAUGACAGCGAUAUUGUAUGCAUUGACAUUAAUGGGGUGGAUGAUGAAAAGAAACAAGCAUAUUACAAUUCUCUCAUUGAAAUUUUCCCUGAUGCUCAGAAGGAUUUUCUGAGAGCCAUAUGCGAUAAAUGUUCACAAGAUGCCGACUGGUUAAGUAAUGCUAUAUCAGGUUUAUUGGAAAAUGGUUACCCAAAAGCUGCAGAUAGCAGUGAACAAGAAGGGGAGCAAGCAGCAAACCAGAAACUUUCUGGAAGAACAGAAGAAGAAAAGAAAAUGAUAAUAGAUGAAAAUUAUACUAAUCUGCUUGCUAUAUUUCCAAAUGCUGAUCCAACUUAUAUAAGAGAGACCUGUGAACAGAUUGCAGAUGAUGAAGAUGCAAUGAAAAAAUUUGUUAGUGACACUUUAGAAAGUGGCAAGUAUCCAACAUUAGCAGAGUAUGAGGAACGAAUGAAAGUAAUGGAAAUUAGAGAGAAGUAUCUCAAGAAUUUCAAAAUUGAAGAGUUUCUGGAAAUUUUUCCUGAUCCUUUUAAGUACUUCUUUGAAGAAAAAAAAAAUGAUGAAAAAGAGUCUGAGUUAAGUUUAAAUUACCUAAAAUCCCGUUACAGAAAAAUACGUAUAGUAGUUUUGCAAGAAUAUUUGAUGAAAAAUAAAUACAGUCUCACUAAAGCAUGUGCAGAGUUAGACAAAUGCCGAAAUUUUAUGAAAUCAAAGCGUGGUGAACAUGAAAUACAGUACAAUGAAAAAGACAUGAAGAAUAUUCCAUUUAUGCAGGAGGUAGCCUUUAUUGAAAACAAAGAAAAGAUAAAAAAAUAUCUAAAUGAAAAGGAAUUGAAGAGAGUUAAAUCAUUCAAAAAGGCUAAGGAAAAUAAUGAGUUGCUGGAGUGUGGUUGUUGCUAUGAUGAUGAAGUUCUAGCAGAAGACACUGUCACAUGUAUUGAAGGUCAUAUAUUCUGCAAAACCUGCUUGCAAAAAUACGCUGAAACCCAAAUUGGAGAUGGAAAAACUAUCUUUACAUGUUUAAGCAAUUGUGAUGCAGAGUUCAGUCUCAAGAUGUUGCAGGGUGUUCUCAGACCUUCAGUUUUUUCAAAAAUGUUACAAAGGAAGCAAAUAGAAGAGGUUAAAUCAGCAGCUAUUCCUGGCUUAGAAGUAUGCCCAUUCUGUGAUUUUGCUUCCAUUCCCCCAGAAGAAGAUAAAAUAUUUCGCUGUCUAAAUCCUGAAUGCAUGAAAGAAUCUUGCAGGAAAUGUAAAGAGCUCAGUCACAUACCUCUGCGAUGUGAAGAAGUUGAGAAGCCUGAAGAAGUGAAGAUAAGAACUUACAUUGAAGACCGGAUGACACAGGCAUUAAUAAGAACAUGUUGGCGAUGUGAAAAAAAAUUUAUCAAGAUUGAUGGUUGCAAUAAGAUGACAUGCACCUGUGGGGCUCUAAUGUGCUACAUUUGCCGCAAACCUGUAAAAGAUUACACACAUUUCAAUGGAGAAGGCGGUACAGAGUACCAUAAGUGUCCACUGUUCAGUAAAAAUGAUGACCUACAUGUCAAGGCUGUGGAAGAAGAAGCAGCAAAGGCUAGAAAUGAGGCUCUAGCUAAGAAUCCCAAUAUACAAUUGAAACAUGAUCCAACACACAUACUUCCAGAACGGACUCAGCCAGAUGUUCCUGAUCGACAUAAUGUCCAUUUUGUGCCAUAUAAUGGAAGAUAUCCAGUUCAUGUGAAUUUACACUUGCCAGCAGGUGCAGCGGAAAUUUUGCCAGCCCGCCGUCAUCACAAUGUACACCCUCCGCCAGGUGGUGCAGCAGAGCUGAAUUGGCUGAAUCCAGUAAUUGCUGUAGGUCAGCAACGUUUCAUGGUAGCCCAGGGUCCUCAUAUUGUGGUGGAAGGACCCAGGCACGGUGCCAGGCUAAUAGUUCCCCCUGGAAUCGACAAUGGGCCAGAAGCACAAGGACAACAGGACAGGCCUGCUGUGAGGCUAAUAGUUCCCCCCAGAUUCGACAACGGGCCAGAAGCACAAGGACAACGGGACAGGCCUGUGGAACGGGUUCAGCUGGCCAGGCCGGCAGUGGGACAGGGUCAGCAGGUCGUGGCAAUGGCGCAGGCGGUAGUGGCAGCAGCUGUGCACCAGCAGCACGCCAGGGUGAUAGAAUUGGCGCACGGUCAGCGUGCCAGGGCAGCCGAAGCGGCGCACGGUCAGCGUGCCAGGGCAGCAGAAGCGGCGCACGGUCAGCGUGCCAGGGCAGCAGAAGUGGCGCACGGUCAGCGUGCCAGGGCAGCAGAAGCGGCGCACGGUCAACGAGCCAGGGCAGCAGAAGCGGCGCACGGUCAACGGGCCAGGGUGGCAGAAGCAGCGCACGGUCAACGAGACAGGGUGGCAGAAGCGGCACAUGGUCAGCGACCCAAAGGAGCAACACAGCGUCAUCAGGUUAGGCUGGUGGCAUCAACAGGAGGGGCUCAGGCUCUGCAGGCCAGGCAAGGUGCUCAGGGACAGCAGGUGAGGUUGGCAGCAGCACAGGGGCAGCAGGCAAUGCCAGCAGCAGCACAGGGGCAACAGGCAAUGCCAACAGCAGCACAGGAGCAGCAGGCAAUGCCGGCGGCAGCACAGGGACAGCAGGCCCGACCUGUGGUGCCGCACCGUCUGGUUAGGCGAGCAGUGGAGGCUCAGAGAGGCAGUCCCGUGGCACACCUCCUGUUAGCAAGAGUUCAGCGGCAGCUGCCACCACCUGCAGAAGGUCAGCCUGCAGCUCAGCUGGAAGUUCCUCUAGUCAACCAUCCUCCACUGGCAGCUGAUGACUUUGUUGCCCAGUGGUUAGCUGCAAUUCCACCCCAGCUGGAAAUACCAGUCGCUCAGGAUCAACAAAGACCCCAGGAACCUUUGCCACAUUAGAGAGGACAAAUUGUCUUCUUAAAAAACUACAUUUUUAGUAUCUGAUAGGUGAAUAAUUUCAGACAAUUUGUGCCAAUUGUGUGUGAAGUUUUCAUCACAUGUUGUUGUUCAGAAUCCUAUUGCUUUAUUAUCUGUGUCCCCCUAAAGGUUAUGUGCUGUAAACCUGGAAUAACAUCGUGUUAUUGGAUGAGAGUGUUACUGAAUAAACAAGUGUUUACUUACCUAGUAUGUUUCCUAUGUGGAACCAGUGCAACCUAUACGGGCUGAAAUGGACCCGAGUCGACUGUAAAAAUAUUGUAUACCAUCAGUAGCAGCUGUUUACACAACCCAUUUAAGCAAAAAAGUUUAACAUUUUUCUGUGAAUUCUCUCUCUACAUAUACAGCAAAGAAUGUUAAAUUAUGUGCUGUGUGAUUUUGUGUCUCUCUCUCUCUCUCUCUCUCUCUCUCUCUAUCUGUCUGUGUGUGUGUGUGUGUGUGUGUGUGUGUGUGUGUGAGCUUAGCUGAAAGAGCUAAACACAUUAAUAUGUUUUUCUGAGAAUAUAUAAAAAUAUUGUAAAUCGGCAGGGGUCUCUCAGUUUCUCGAAUAAAUAAAAAACUUUGUGUCUCUUUUAAAUAAACAUCCUGUAAAGCUUUUAAUGUGUGACUUCACUGUUACCAAUUCAUAUAUAUGUAUAUCCCCUAUUAUUAAGUUGAAAGUUAAAAGAUACUGAGCAAAAGUCUAUAGAAAUCAUAUAGUAUGAUUUUGUAUAUAAUAUUCCAUAAUUUAAUGCUUAUUUGAAAAUGGUUCAUUCGGAAAUUUAAAUUGUCAUUUUAAGAAUGAUUUAGCAGAGUUAACUGGGGAUCCUCUGGUAUAUAUUUUUCAAAUGUAGCACAACAUGUGAAGGUGUCUUGCCAAAGAAAAACUUGUACAGUGUAUAUUUAAGGAAAAAAUACGCUUAGAUUGUAUUUUAUGUCCUGUGUAUGUGCGUGUCCCCCCCCCCCCCCCCCCCCCCAAAUCAAACUGUUACAGAGAGCAUAGACUGAUAAAAACAGGCUCCAUGGUGUGUGCAAAAAUAGCCAGCUAGUUAUCACAACAAACGCUUCUUAAGAGUUGAAGACACCUCAAAACAGUACUCCGCAUAUUAUGCUUAAUAAUUUAUGUAACAUUCAUUCUAUCUUUUGGUGUGUUCUCUAUUCAUGUGAAGCAAUUUUUAAUAUUCUGAACACUUUACAAUUUGCAGUCUAAAACCGAUACUGAGUAAAAAUGAUUCAGUGGUAAACUGUCAAUCCUGAGCAAGUAGAGGCCAGUUAAAUGAUAGUGUCUUGAUGAGACAGGAAAACACUGAAAUACACACACUCAGGAGGAACAAGGAAAUAAUGGGAGAUGUUUUUAAGCUUUGUUUCAUAGUGGUAAGAAAAUUUGAGGUGAUGACAUAUCACUCUCAAAUUCAGAGGCAGCUGUGCUAACAUAUGAAGCUGGUUGUAUGCAGAUACUUUGUAAUCUAUAGAAUGUAUACUGUUUCAGGGUUGUCAUAUACUUACCUUGUUUGUUUACAUCAUGGAAUCAUUUCUAUUUAUGUAACCUCUAUAUUUUCAUUAUAUCGUAAAAGGCAAAGGCUAAUCAAUGGUUCUUACCAUUGUUGCAUGCAUUUGAAUCUGUUAAAUACUUUUUAUGGACUAUCAGUAGAAUCGAGGAUUUCAUAACUUUCUUUAAAAUCAUUGUAAUGACCUUACUGAGGGAUGUUGUUCUGUAAUCUAGUAGUAUGUGACACAACUACUGUUGUGGAACGUGGCACAAGUAAAAGAAUUUUAAGAAUGAAGGUCUUGUAUUGAUCAGGAGAUUCCGUUGGUGUUGUAGAAGUGAGAUAGUGAUGAGACUUGUAAGCAAAAAACAUGGUGUCAGCAGCUGUGCUUGAAGUGAGUUACUAGGUCGAAGCAAACACCAUUUGUCCUUUGUCUAACAUGGUAUUUGCACAUUAAAUGAUCAAUAAAAGUUUGCUUAGAGAGAAUGGGGAUUAAGUUGCAGAGGAAGAUAAAACAUAUGGCAAAUUUUAAUUUACUGACAUUGAACUAUCUCUACUUUAAACUGUCAUUUACACAAGGAGCCUGACAGCUGAUUUUCUGCAUUUGCAGUAUUGUUUAUUUAUAUACUUAUUCAUUACUCCUAGUACUGUAGCAACAAAAUUACAACUAAACCGUAGAGUGAGUACUACAUAAGACAUUAUUUGGCAAUUUACACAUAUGUGUUUUGCAUGCACAGAGUACAGUGGUACUUCAUCUGUCCCCCUCUUGAGUAUCCCUUCUGCUUUCUCUCUUCAGCACUGUAAAAGUGUUUGUUGAGCUUGUAUUAUUUCAUUUUGUAUAUGUUUACGAGUUUGGACAUCCAAGUGUGUGAUUUUUAUAUUUCUGCUGUUGUAUUUAUUUAUAAGAGUUUUUAACAUAAUCUUUUAUAAUUUUAUACAUUAUUGUAAAUAAUCAUAUGGUUCCUUUUAACUAUAUUCCAUAGUGUUAUAUCUCAAAAAUCAAUGUUGAGCAGUUUGAAUGUGAUGACAUUGAAUAUGAAUAUAUUGUUGUGAUUUUAUGACAGUAUUUUACACGAAC